UGCCCAGGCAAGUCCCGCAAGAGCCUGGUCUUCGCUCCAGCGGGCUACGCUACAAGCGCACGCUCCUUGCGGACCACCUUACGCUCUUGCCCUAACCCCUCCUCCUUCGACUGGUUCUGGAGCCCGGGCGGGGCCUGUGAUUGGUGGGAAGGCGAGGCGGCACGUGACCAGAACCCGACGGGCUGGAAGGCUGGAGCGGGCCACUUUGGAGUGCGUGAGACCGCAGACCGCCGCCAUGGGAGAUGAGGAUUGGGACGCGGAGAUCACCGAUCGCAGUGGCGGAGGAGGAGGAGGCGGCCCUGGUGCCGGUGGUGCCUUGCCCGCAUUCCAGCCCAGCUUCCAGAAGCUGGGCAGCUUAUCUGCAAGAACCAGUGAGACCUCAUGCAAUUUCAGUCAGAAUAUAAAGCCACCAGGAAGCUUUCCCUCUGAAAACAGAGUUCCUCGGGGUCAUAGAUCUGAGGGUGUUGGUGAAAAACCUAAUGGAGAAGACAAACCAACAAGUGGAUUUGGAAGUGGAAGGACUUUUGGAAACCGAGAAAACAGGUUCGAAGGAAGAAAGUGUUCAGGUUUUGGCAGAGAAGAAGUUGCUGAUAAUGAAGACACUCAGUCAAGCAGAGGGGUUCCUAGAAGAGGAGGUUUUCAAGGAAUGAGUGAUGGUGGUGGUGCUCAUAGGAAUGGAAGAGGCGGAUCAGUCAGAGGUCGUAGAGGAGGAUUUGCAGCAUUUGCAACAGAUGAUGAAAAUGAGUCAGAAGGUGGAAGACAGAAUUUUGGCAGCUUUGGUUUUAAAAGGGGGGGAUUUGGUGCUUCAGCAGGUGACUUUGAAAAUAGAGGCACUGCAGGAAGAGGGGGUUACAAAGGAAACAACGAAGAAAUAAUUGGAGGUUCUGGGAAAAGUAUGUGGAAAUCAGAUGGUGACACAGAACGGGCUGACUAUACAGGUCCAAAGGUGACAUACGUACCACCUCCACCACCAGACGGUGAAGAUGCUAUAUUUGCACAUUACCAAACUGGCAUAAACUUCGACAAAUAUGAUAACAUUCUUGUUGAAGUUUCAGGACUUAAUCCUCCACCAGCAAUACUGACCUUUGAAGAAGCAGAUUUAUGUCAAACAUUAAUGAAGAACAUCUCUAAAGCUGGAUAUUUUAAACUUACUCCAGUGCAGAAAUAUAGCAUUCCUAUUGUUCUGGCAGGGCGUGAUUUAAUGGCAUGUGCCCAAACAGGAUCGGGAAAAACAGCAGCUUUUCUUCUACCAAUUUUGGCUCAUAUGAUGCGAGAUGGAGUUACUGCCACUCAAUUCAAAGAGCAACAAGAGCCAGAAUGUAUAAUUGUAGCACCAACUAGAGAACUGAUAAACCAGAUAUUUAUGGAAGCGAGAAAAUUUGCGUAUGGAACUUGUAUAAGGCCAGUUGUGAUUUAUGGAGGUAUACAAAUGGGUCAUACAAUUCAUCAGAUAAUGCAAGGUUGUAAUAUAUUAUGUGCUACCCCAGGAAGGCUUUUGGAUAUCAUAGGCAGAGAAAAGAUUGGGCUGAAUAAUCUAAAAUAUUUGGUGUUAGAUGAAGCUGACCGUAUGCUGGAUAUGGGAUUUGGCCCUGAUAUGAAGAAGUUGAUUUCAUGUCCAGGCAUGCCACCAAAGGAGCAACGCCAAACACUUAUGUUUAGUGCCACUUUCCCUGAAGAAAUCCAGAGGAUGGCUGGAGAAUUUUUGAAGACAGAAUACUUAUUUGUUGUUGUUGGGCAAGUUGGUGGAGCCUGCAGUGAUGUCCAGCAGACCAUACUUGAAGUGAAUCAGUAUGACAAGAGAGAGAAACUUGUUGAAAUUCUCAAGGGCAUAGGUGAUCAGCGAACUAUGGUGUUUGUGGAAACUAAGAAAAAAGCAGACUUUCUUGCAACCUUUCUUUGCCAGGAAAAUAUAUUAACAACAAGUAUUCAUGGUGAUCGGGAACAGAGAGAGCGAGAAGAAGCUCUUCGCUAUUUUCGGUGUGGAAAAUGCCCUGUUCUUGUUGCCACAUCAGUGGCAGCUAGAGGUCUGGAUAUUGAAAAUGUUCAACAUGUUAUAAAUGUUGAUCUCCCUUCCAUGAUCGAUGAAUAUGUUCACAGAAUUGGACGAACUGGGCGUUGUGGUAACAUAGGCAAAGCAAUUUCUUUCUUUGAUCCUCGUUCAGACAGUGCUAUUGCACAACCUCUAGUCAAAGUGCUUGCAGAUGCUCAACAAGAAGUUCCAGCAUGGCUAGAAGAAAUUGCCUGUAGUGCUGGUGGGAUUGGUUUCAGUAACCCAAGGGGAAAUAUGUUUGCAUCUGUUGAUUCCCGAAAGGUUUUCCGUGGCAAAAAGGAUCAGCUCAGUGGAGGAUUUGCAGCAUCAAAUAUAAGUGCACCUGAUGAGUCAUGGGAUUAAAGCUACCUUCUAUCAUGGAAAAAAGUUCUUAAUUUACCCUGCUAAAUCUUCCAAACAAAAUAGUUAUUGGGAAAAACUGACAGGAUCCUAAACACAUUUACUUCAGUUCCUGUGAUUUCAGUGAGACUUACUCCCAAGUAAAUGUGAUUAGGAUUGUGACUUUAAAAUGUUUAGGAAACUGUUGAUAUUACUGUUCCCCUCAUGUUCAGGGAAGGUGGGUAGGCUAAAUAUACAUACUUGUUCAAAUUACUCAUUUAGCCUAUAUGUUUAAUGGUUGUGAAGUAACAACCAAUUUGUUAUAAAGAGCUGUUGUAAAUGAUUGUAAAAAUUGCUUAAUAAAAACUUAGAAUCAUA